GUCAGCGAAAUGAACGCAACCUCACCCAUGGAAGUUGAUGGCCUUGACUAUGAAACAAUAAUUAAAGCUUAUGCAAAGAUUGAUGCGAGUUUCAUUAACAGAUCCUUGGAGCAGCACAUAAUGAUCAUUCUCUCACAGAGUUUAUACAACAUAUCAUCAUCAGAAGUUACUUUAAAGGAUUGUGCAUUCAACCUCUUGUGCAUUUUUAUUGAAUUUUCAGCUUCCAUACUUUGCCAAGAGGCUUCAGCUCACUCUGAAAAUGGCAAAGAGGUUCAUGCAAGGUGGACAGGAGAUCGUGUGUUGUGGAUUAUAAAUAAGUUUAUUUUGAAACAUAUUGGAGAUGCACUAAACAGAGGGAUUUCUAGUGGAAAGGAGGAGAUUCUUUUGAUACGCAAAAUGGUGACGAAUCUUCCAGAUUCAGGGAAUCUUGCUGCAUUCGGACCUUUAUGCUCUGAAAAUGAUGACGUUGAUUUCUUUAAAAAUGUCUUUAGCAUUCAGAUACACCGUAGAACAAAGGUGAUUAACCGUUUCGCCAAGGAGAUUAAAGAUAGCGGUCUGCCUGAGGGCGUAGUGAGAAAACUUUUGGUCUCAGUGUUUUUCAACGUAUUGCUUGAUGGACAAGAUAAAAAAGGUCAAGACGGAAAAGUUCAAAAACUCCAUGACGCAUGCGCAGAAGCCCUUGCUUCCGUGUCUGCUCAUAUGAGUUGGUGUUCGUACUACGCUCUGCUGAAUCGGUGUUUCCGUGAGAUGAAGAAGCAUACGGAGGAGAAGAAGAGAAAGCGUUUGGUGAAUCUCGUCUGCUCGAUUUUGGACAAAUUUCAUUUUGCAAAAGAUGGUUACGAACAGGAGGUCAGGACUUGCCUCGAGAAAACCUUGUUCCCCAAGAUACAGAAGCUGAUGGAUUCCGAAUCUGAUAGUGUUACUCUGAGGAGCUGUGUAGCUGCGGUGAAGGUUCAAAAGCUGCUCCCCAAAGAGAUAACGGACUCAAAUCUUGAUUCUCUAGUUUAUCGAAUUUCCAAAUUUUUGAGGAAUCGGGAGGUCCGCACACGUGAUGAAGCCAGAAAGGUUCUGGCUGAUUGUUUGAAGGAACUUGGGCUGGAGUCGUACUUGCAACUUUUCCUUAAAAAACUAGUUUCAUUAUUGUCAAAAGGAUCUGAGGUGCAUGUGCUCGGAUACACUGUCUAUUUCAUCUUAUCGGAGUGCCUGCCAAACCCUACGGGUUGGAUGUUGGAUCAUUGUUUGGAAAAUCUCCUUGAUGUGGUGGAAGCUGAUAUCCUUGGAGAUGUUGAUGAACAUAGAGAAUAUUCAUUGAAGACAAAGAAAGAAACGAAGACACGCAAGUCACUUGAUACUCUGAAAUUGAUUGCUGAAAAUGUAACGUUCAGAAGCCAUGCACUGAAGCUCCUUUCUCUGGUAACUAGACAGCUGUAGAGGCCUUUGACUUCAAAUUUAAAAUCAAAACUGGAGGAUAUGUUAAAGCAUAUUGCGUUUGGUAUUGAAGGCAAUCCAUCUGUUGAUCAAGGAGAUCUUUUAUGUUUUAUAUACCACCGUGUUGAUGAUGGUAUUAACAACAGGAGUUGCCUUGGAGAUCAGGCGUCUUCUCUACCGUCCAAAAAUAAAAGGAAAUCGAGACAUUUGCAAGAGACUUCUGGUGGCAAGUCAUGUCCACAUCUCAUAACCGUGUUUGCUCUGGACUUAUUGCACAACAGACUGAAGAAAAUCCAACCCAGCAAUACUAGUGAAGAGCUGGUGUCGAAGUUGGAUCCAUUUGUCAAACUACUUGUUGGGUGCUUGAGCUCUAAGUAUGAAGAUGUUGUAUCGUCAUCUGUUAGUUGUUUCACUGCAUUGAUAAGGUUACCUUUGCCCUCCCUCAAGUCUGAAGCAGGUAAAGUGAAAACCCAAGUGUUAACCAUCAUUGCUGAGUGUGCAGUGAGUUCCAGUAGUCCUCUUGUGCAGUCAGGCAAAAAGCUUUUAAAAGCUCUUCUUGAAAAUUUCACUUUCUCAUCUGGGGAGUUGAAUAUGCUGAUUCAGCUCCCUAUGUUUAUUGAUCUGGAAUCGGAUCCAUUUGUGGAUUCAUUGAAUGCUUCUCUUUCACUUCUCGUGGCCAUUGUGAAAAGGAAAGUUCCGCAGAUAUAUGAUGUUGCGGAUCAGGUUUCAAAGUUGAUGAUCACCCAUGAGGAUGAAUCAGUCUGCAAGAAGUGCAAAGAGUUACUGCAAGAGUUUUUGGUCAAUUAUACACUUUCUAAGAAAUGUUUAGAAGGACAUUUUAACUUUCUGCUGAAAAAUCUGAGCUAUGAACAUUCGACUGGAAGAACAGUAGUUCUUGAGGUUCUUGAAGAUCUUAUCAAGAAAUUCUCACAACCUAAACUCGGCAAGCAGUCAGUUCUUGACCAGCAGUCUCAAAUCUUGUUUGUUGAGCUUACUCGUCGCUUGGCAACUGAUGAUGCUAAAAUAUCGCUGUCCAAGAUCUGUGAUUUGAUAAAAUCUCUGAUAGGUCGCAUUAGUAAUUAUAAUUCCUGUCUUGAGCUAUGUCUGGGUUGGUAUAAGCAGGAGAACACACAGGCUAAAGCAGCACAGGUACUGGGGUUUUUCAUUGAAGUCAGGAAGGGUGCAUUUUCGGAGCAUAUCCACAGUAUAUUGUUGCAGGAGGCUAUACCGAUUUUGGAAUCUGCUGUACAGAUACAAAACACUGUGGAGGAAGGCAGCAUUCCUUUCUGGAAGGAAGCAUACUACACUCUUGUUAUGAUAGAGAAGAUGCUCAAGCAGUUUCCUGAUUUAUGUUUUGAAAAACAUUUAGAGGAUGUAUGGAAAUGGGUGUUUAAGUUGUUGUUGCACCCACACGAAUGGUUGCAAGUUAUAACCUGCCGGCUCCUGAAUUAUUAUUUUAAGAAAUUAGCCGAGUCUCCGAAAACCGUAGCUGAUCAUUCUCUUCUUGGUAACCCAAGUAGCCUUUUCAUGGUAGCGGCUUCUCUUUGCUUCCAGUUAAAGGUGAAGAUGGCCCGCAGCAGAGUCAACAAAAAAAAUGAUGCCAUUGCAGAAGAAGAAGGCAACCAAAACAAUGAUGCUACUGAAGAAGAUAUUGUCACACAGAAUAUUGGUUUUGCGGUCUCUGGUCUUCAUUCUAGGAUUGGUGAAUCAGAUCAUGAGUACUGGUCCAGUCUUGACAAGAAUGAGCAAGGGGAGUUCCUCGAAGCCUUUGUACUAUUUGAUUCAGGGAAAGUAAGGUCUACUUUCCUGGCUCUUACUUCAUCAACAGGCAGAGAGAGAAGCCAAGAUGAUGUAAGAAAGGUAUUGAUUGGAAGUUUGCUCAAAAGAAUGGGGAAGCUUGCUCUUGAUAUGGACUUGAUUCAUACGAGAAUUGUGUUGAGCGUGUAUAAAGAAUUUGCAUCAAAGUUGAAUCAAGAAGAGUGUCGCCUAUAUGCCUUCAGAAUUCUGAUGCCGCUGUACAAAGUUUGCCAAGGGUUCACAGGGAAAGUCUUCUCAGCUGAGUUGAGACAGCUAGCGGAAGAGGUUAGAGACAGUAUAAGAGACGAGAGCCUAGGUAACCAAAUGUUUGUGCAAGUCUACAGCGAAAUCAAAAAGUGUUUGGAAGCCAAGAGGGAGAAGAGGAAGCGAGAGGAGAAGCUAAUGGCGGUAAUAAACCCUGAGAGAAACGCAAAGAGGAAACUCAAGCUAGCUUCAAAGAACAAGGCUAACAAGAAAAGGAGGAUUAUGCGCAGUAAAAUGGAAAGAUGGUCACGCUCUUGAAUCUCAUUUGGGCCUUUUUGUUUUAUUUUGUUUGUUUGUUUGUUUAAGAUUAUCAGGCUAUCUAGUAAUUUCCCCUCAAGCCAUUUUUGUUUUGCCUGCCACUUUCCAAAACUUCAUUACUGCGCAUUAUAUAACUUGUCACUUACCCGAACAAAUCAUUUACUUUUUGUUGA